AGCGAUUCAAGUUCAUCCCCAAGCCACCUAUCGGAAGAAACUGUAAUAUCGGCUUAAGUGUUCGAGGAGUUAAAAUAUAUAUGAAAGUUUGUUCAAAGCAUUUUGAAGAGUCUGAUUUUCAUACACAAAGUAAGGAGCUGAGACACGCAGAUUUGUGUUUGAGACCGAGAAAAACUAACUUGAGACGCCGAAAUUUGAAAAGAAAUGCAGUCCCAACAAAAAACCUUCCUACAGGUACUCAUGAGAACAUAAAGAAGAAAGAAAGACGGAAUUUAAGUAGAUAUGAUCCUGUACAACAACCAAUUUUGAAAUCUGACUGUGAAGUAAUGACACAAAAUCAAGAUGGAAAUGAACUUCAUGCUCAGGAAAUGAUUCACAGGCCUGAUGAAUUGUUGGCUGCUGAAGCUCUAUGUGCUUUUAUCAAUAAGGACAAUUUGUGACAAUAUUACUACAAAUCAAAAGCUUAACAGCUUGACAGGGUUGCAUUCUUUCGAAAUGCUGAAAACUAUUGAAAUUUUAGUAUUAAGAAUAAAAAGAGAAAAUUUUGUUUCAUCCCUCAAUAUUAGGGAAAAAAUACAUUUACAAAACUAAAGAAUGACACGAGCUAUGUUGUAUUGUCUUUACUCUUUGGAAACAUCAGUUCCCAAAGUAUAAAAGAAUUUUUUUAUGACAUGCUAACUGUGUUAGCGACAGUAUUGAAACCUGCGAGCUAUCUUCCACCUAUUGAGGAAAUUCGUAAUAAUUUGCCGCAACACUUUGAGCAAUUUACUUAUGUGAGAGUCAUUCUUGAUUGUACAGAAAUCUCUGUUCAGAGAACUAAAUGCCUGUGUUGUAGAGUAAGAUGUUAUUCUAACUAUAAAGGGAAUAAUACUGUAAAAUUCAUGGUGGCCGUGACGCCUGCAGGAUUGAUCAGUUUUGUCAGUGAAGCUUAUGGUGGAAGAGCAUCUGACAAAAUAAUUUUUGAGCAGAGUGGUCUCAUAUCCUCCCUGAAGCCUAAUGAGGAUGCCAUUAUGGUGGAUCGAAGUUUUCUAAUUGAUGAAAUUUUUCCGGAAAACGGAAUAAAACUGAUUCGCCCACCAUUCAUGCGAAACAGAAAACAAAUGUCUCUUCAGGAGGUUGAACAAAAUAUAUUCAUAGCUAGAGCAAGAGUCCAUAUCAAACGUGUGAACCAGAGAAUAAAAAUUUUGAGUAAUAUUUUACCGUGGAACCUGGUUCCUUAAAUAGAAGAAAUAAUGAUUAUAUGUUGUGCGAUUGUAAACCUGUCCAGCCCCAUUUUUUCAGAAGAUAAUUUCUGAAUAUUUUUGUAUUUUGCCUUUAUUUCGAGUAGCAAUAUAGAUGUUAAAUCUAAAGCUUCUGUGUAGCGAAACAGUUGUUAUUUAUAUAUAUUUAUAUAUAUAAUCUGUAUCCCAUUUGUUACCUUUCGGUGUAUGGGUUAGUUGUUAUUUAAAUAAUAAAUAAGUGGAAAUAGAA